ACAAAACGGGAGACGUGUCAGGAAAAAAAGAAAGAGGUCCAUCUUAAAUGAGCGAUAGCCGCCGAACAUAACUUAUCCACAAUAUUGGAUUUUCUCCUUUUUACGUUUGGCUGGAGUUAUUUUCCUUUUAAUAUUUAGUUCAAAGAACAGUCCACGCUGUUUUCCUUGACCAUGUUGACCAAAUUUGAAACCAAGUCGGCCCGUGUCAAAGGCCUAAGUUUCCACCCAAAGAGGCCGUGGGUUCUUGCGAGUUUGCACAACGGUGUCAUCCAGCUGUGGGACUAUCGCAUGUGCACCCUCAUUGACAAGUUUGACGAGCAUGAUGGUCCGGUUCGAGGAAUUGAUUUCCAUAAACAGCAGCCUCUGUUUGUGUCUGGAGGAGAUGACUACAAAAUAAAGGUGUGGAACUACAAGCUGAGACGCUGCCUCUUCACCUUGCUCGGACACCUGGACUACAUCAGGACCACCUUCUUCCACCAUGAGUACCCCUGGAUUCUGAGUGCCUCCGACGACCAGACCAUUCGCAUCUGGAACUGGCAGUCCAGGACUUGUGUCUGUGUGCUGACGGGCCACAACCACUACGUCAUGUGCGCUCAGUUCCACCCCUCGGAGGACCUGGUCGUGUCGGCCAGCCUGGACCAGACCGUGCGAGUGUGGGAUAUCUCCGGUCUGAGGAAGAAGAACUUGUCACCUGGCGCCGUGGAGACGGAGGUCCGCGGCAUUUCCGGCGUCGACCUGUUCGGUGCCUCCGACGCAGUCGUCAAGCACGUGCUUGAGGGUCACGACCGAGGCGUCAACUGGGCCGCCUUCCAUCCCAGCAUGCCACUCAUCGUUUCAGGUGCUGAUGACCGGCAGGUCAAGAUCUGGAGGAUGAAUGAGUCCAAGGCGUGGGAGCUUGACACGUGCCGUGGGCACUACAACAACGUCUCCUGUGCAGUGUUCCACCCACGCCAGGAGCUCAUCCUGUCAAACUCUGAGGACAAGAGCAUACGGGUGUGGGACAUGUCCAAGAGGACCGGCGUGCAGACAUUCCGCCGAGACCACGACCGCUUCUGGGUGCUGGGAGCACACCCCAACCUCAACCUCUUUGCUGCAGGCCAUGACAGUGGCAUGAUUGUGUUCAAGCUGGAGCGCGAGCGUCCGGCGUACGCCGUCCAUGGCAACAUGCUCUACUACGUCAAGGAGCGCUUCCUGCGCCAGCUGGACUUCAACAGCAGCAAGGACACUGCUGUCAUGCAACUGCGCAGUGGCUCCAAGUUUCCAGUGUUCAGCAUGUCUUACAACCCCGCUGAGAAUGCUGUGCUCCUCUGCACUAGGGCGACCAAUCUGGAGAACAGCACCUAUGACCUGUACACCAUUCCCAAAGAGAGUGACUCUCAGAACCCUGAUGCACCCGAAGGAAAGCGGUCCUCUGGCCUGACAGCCGUGUGGGUGGCGAGGAACAGAUUUGCCGUCCUUGACCGCAUGCACUCUCUGCUGAUCAAGAACCUGAAGAACGAGAUUGUGAAGAAAGUGCAGGUGCCGAGCUGCGAGGAGAUCUUCUACGCCGGCACCGGCUCGUUGCUGCUGCGGGACGCUGAUGGCGUGACGCUGUUCGACGUGCAGCAGAAGCGCUCACUGGCCACCGUCAAAAUCGCCAAGGUCAAGUACGUGGUGUGGAGCGCUGACACCAGCCACGUGGCACUGCUGGCCAAGCACGCCAUUAUGAUCUGCAACCGCAAGCUGGAGAGCCUCUGCAACAUACACGAGAACAUCCGAGUGAAGAGCGGCGCCUGGGAUGAGAGCGGCGUCUUCAUUUACACCACCUCCAACCACAUCAAAUAUGCCCUCACGUCAGGUGAUCAUGGCAUCAUCAGGACGCUGGACCUGCCCAUUUACGUUACCCGCGUGCGAGGCAACAACGUGUACUGCCUGGACAGGGAGUGCCGGCCGCGCGUCCUCACCAUCGACCCCACCGAGUACCGCUUCAAACUGGCCCUGGUUAACCGCAAAUAUGACGAGGUGCUUCAUAUGGUCCGUAACGCCAAGCUGGUGGGCCAAUCCAUCAUUGCCUACCUGCAGAAGAAGGGAUACCCUGAGGUGGCACUGCACUUUGUCAAGGACGAGAAGACUCGCUUCAGCCUUGCUCUGGAGUGCGGGAACAUAGAGGUGGCGCUGGAGGCGGCUAAGGCGCUGGACGAGCGCAGCUGCUGGGAGCGUCUGGGCGAGGCGGCUCUGUUGCAGGGCCACCACCAGGUAGUGGAGAUGUGCUACCAGAGGACCAAGAACUUUGACAAGCUCACCUUCCUCUACCUCAUCACCGGCAACCUGGCCAAGUUACGCAAAAUGAUGAAAAUCGCUGAGAUUAGGAAAGACAUGAGCGGCCACUACCAGGCAGCGCUCUACUUGGGAGAUGUCAGCGAGAGAGUCCGUAUCCUGAAGAACUGCGGUCAGAAGUCUCUGGCUUACCUGACUGCUGCCACACACGGACUGGAUGAAGAAGCCGAGGCCCUCAAAGAGACGUUUGAUCUGGAAAAGGAGACUUUACCGGAGGUGGAUCCCAACGCCCAGCUCCUGCAGCCACCACCACCAAUCAACCCCCUCGACACCAACUGGCCCUUGCUCACUGUCUCCAAGGGCUUCUUCGAGGGAGCCAUCGCAGCCAAGGGGAAAGCAGGUCAGAUGGCGGCCGACCUGGACAUGGAUUCCUCCGGAGCAGAAGGCUGGGGAGACGAUGCCGAGCUUCAGCUGGAUGAGGAUGGCUUCAUGGAUGCUCAGGAUGGCUUUGGCGACGAGGGUGGUGCCAAAGAAGAUGGAGGAGGAUGGGAAGUGGAGGAGGACCUGGACCUUCCACCAGAGCUGGAUUUACCAGCCGGCGCAGGCGGAUCGACAGAGGAUGGCUUCUUCGUUCCACCCACCAAGGGAAUGAGCCCCACACAGAUGUGGUGCAACAAUUCCCAACUACCCGUGGACCACAUCUUGGCAGGCUCCUUUGAGACCGCCAUGAGACUGCUCCACGACCAAGUCGGAGUCGUCAACUUCGGUCCAUACAAGUCGCUCUUCAUGCAGACGCUGUCCAGGGGCCGCACCUGCUACCUGGCCCUGCCCUCUCUGCCCUGCCUGCGGGGCAACCCCCAGAGGAACUGGAAGGACUGCGGAGCCAAGCAGGGGCUGCCGGCCGUGGGCCUCCGCCUGGCCGACCUCAUCGCCCGCCUGCAGCAGUGCUACCAGUUGACCACCACCGGGCGCUUCGAGGAGGCCGUGGAGCGCUUCCGAGCCAUCCUGUUGUCAGUGCCGCUGCUGGUCGUUGACAACAAGCAAGAGAUUGCCGAGGCUCAGCAGUUGAUCACCAUUUGCAAGGAGUACAUCGUGGGUCUGACAAUGGAGACUGAGAGGAAGAAGUUGCCCAAAGACACACUGGACCAACAGAAGAGGCUCUGUGAGAUGGCCGCCUAUUUCACCCACUGCAACCUCCAGCCAGUCCACAUGGUGCUGGUGUUGCGCACCGCUCUGAACCUCUUCUUCAAGCUGCGCAACUUCAAGACAGCCGCAGGCUUUGCGCGUCGCCUGCUCGAGCUCGGCCCCAAGCCCGACGUCGCGCAGCAGACACGCAAGAUUAUGGCGGCGUGUGAGAAGAACCUGACAGACGCCCACCAGCUGAACUACGACCCGCACAAUCCGUUCGACCUUUGCGCCGCUUCCUUCGUCCCACUGUACCGCGGCCGUCCUGUGGAGAAGUGCCCGCUGUCUGGGGCCUGCUACUGCCCCCCAUACAAGGGCCAGGUGUGCCGGGUCACACAGGUGACUGAGAUCGGCAAGGAUGUGAUUGGUCUGCGUGUUAGUCCACUUCAGUUCCGUUGAGAAGACAGAAGGAAAUAUAAUCUAAUUAAAAAAAAAAAAAAAACACAAUAGAUAUCUAAUAUGUAUGCUAACCUUGCAAUGUCUUUCAGCUAUCUUAAGCAACUAUCCUGCAAGAAUGUUUUUUUGGGGCUUUAUCACCUCUUGUGCAGUGACUUUCAUUCUGUGUCAAAUUCAUACAAAAUCACUGCUAUGUAAGGCGGGGAAAGAAAUAAAGCACCUUGUCAAGUAUGGGACAAAUGCAUUGAAUGUGUAUUAGUGUCCAGUUAAAAUGUGAAUAAAUGUGAGA